GGGGGCAGGGGAGGGGCCGGGGGGGGCCGGGAGAGGACCCCGACCCCCAAAAUCCCCCGGGAGCGGGACCCCCGACCCCAACCCCCCCCGGGAACGGAACCUUGACCCCAAACCCCCCCGGGAGCGGGACCCCGACCCCAAAACCCCCCGGGAGCGGGACCCCGACCCCAAAAACCCCCCGGGAGCGGGACCCCGACCCGAAACCCCCCCGGGAGCGGGACCCCCGACCCCCAAACCCCCCCGGGAGCGGGACCUUGACCCCAAACCCCCCCGGGAGCGGGACCCCGACCCCAAACCCCCCCCCGGGGGGCAGGGUGUCCCCGCGGUCUCCCUGCGGUGUCCCCACGUCCCCUCCAUGGUCCCGCUGCUGGCCCUGCUCCUGGCCCUGCCGGCCCUGGCUUUGGCCACCCCGCUGCCCCCGGCCCCCCGGGAGGUCCCCCCUGACAUGGCGCCGUCGGCCUUCGACGACCGUACCGGGGCUGCGGCCCGCGCCAUGGCGGCGGCGCUGCCGGCGCUCAACCGCUCCGAGUUCCCGCUCAACGGCGACUACGCGGCGGGCUGGGCGCUGGCGGCGGCCGAGUGGCGCGUCCGGGUGCCCGGCAGCCCCAGGUCCCCCCCGCUGAGCCCCGAGCAGGCCGUGGCCCUCUUGGCCUACACGGCGCCGGUGCCGCUGCACCGGGGCCUUCACGCGGCCUCGCGGGCGGCCGGGCGCUCCCGCCGCGAGUACCGGGACGCUUUCCACUUCAAGGCCUUGCAUUUCCUGCUGACGGGGGCGGUGGGAGCGCUGGGGGAGGCGCAGGGCCGGCCGUGCCGGCGGGUGUUCCGCGGGGUCAGCGGGGUGAGGUUCGAGGCCCGGCCGGGCCGCGCCGUCCGCUUCGGCCACUUCGCGUCGGCGUCGCGGCGCAGCAGCGCGCGGGCCUUCGGCGCCGACACGGCCUUCGAGGUGCUCACCUGCCACGGGGCAGCCGUCAGGGAGUUCUCCUUCUUCCACGAGGACGAGGUGCUCAUCCCGCCCUUCGAGACCUUCGAGGUGGCCGAGGUCGAAGGGGGGUGUCGGCGGGGCGGGGUGCGGAUCCGGCUCCGCUCCACGGGGACCCUCAGCAACUACAACUGCGAGUGGCUGAGAGAGCAGCACUGCGGGGACAGGGACGGGCCGUGUGUGUUCGACACGGGCAGCGGCAUCUUGGGGGCCCCCCCUCCCCUCGGGGGGCUCCUGCUGGUCACCGCAGCCCUGGCAGUGGCCACCGGGGACCCCCUGAGCCACCGCGGCCACCCCGGGGCCACCAAGGGGGACAGGGGCGGAGCCACCGGGGGCACCGGGACAGGACAGGUGACCCGGACGUGCUAUGGCCGGGGGGCUGAACUUUUGGGGGUUUGGUCUGUUGGGGUUUUUUGGGGGGGGGUUUCCCCCUUUCCAAUAAUUUUAUUUUUCUUCCCGACGAUUAAAGCGGUUUUGUCUCGACCCACCGCGAGUUUUCAUCUGGGGGGGGGAAGGGGAGGAGGAGGAGGAGGAGGAGGAGGAGGAGGGUAG